GUCAUUGAAGUCCACCCCAAUCCCAGUGCCUUAUUUAGUUUCAAGAUCAGACUGAACUGAGAAUGUGUUAAACAACUUAACUUAUCAUAUAUAUUCAUAUCAUAUAUAUUACUGAUCAUUACUUAUAUUCUCAUUCAAGACAGUAAUUCCCCUUAUGUGAAACAAGAAUUUGGUAUGCUAAAAGUUAGUGCUGUUUUCACUUUUCUAAGUUUAUUCAGUCGCUUCUGAGUAUCGUUUGGGGAAUUACAAAAGAUGAUGAAAUGUUUAAAAGCAUGCAAGACUGAAUUAGCCGCCCCCUCACUUCAAAGGGCUUAAUAGUGGAUUGUCAGUCGCAUAACACAGUGUAUACUGUAAAGGAGUGUAAAGAAACAAACUAAAAAACGAGCAUUCUUAACUCAGUAUUCUAUUAUUGGUAUUUACAGACUCUUUAAGGAUUCCGCUUCAAUAUGGCGCAAGUAGUGACUGCUCAGCCAGGAACAACUGUGGUUGUUCAGCAAACACAAGUCCUGAGGGACUGGAAUUCCGGCGUUUUCGCUUGCUUUGAUGACAUAGGCAGCUGUAAGUAACGCGAUGUUCAGUUUCCUUGAUCGCAAGAGAAAUAAAAAUAGCUCCGCUUCUAAAACCCCGGCAGCAGCUUCAGACAAGAUCAUGAACAAUCCCUCAGGUGUUUAAAAUUUCUGUGGCGCUGGCGCCCAUCAUACUAUGAGAGACUACUGUUCACGUGGCAGUCAAUCAUCCCAAUGUUUUCGCGAAUGUAAAAAAAUCGCGAAAUUAAAGACCCGCGACAUUAAAAGCACGCGAAAUUUGAUACCCAUAUAGAAAAUUCAAAUAACAGUUGACAUGUAAUAGCAACGAUAUGUAUCGACAAACACAAGUUUUACUGGUAAGCUCCAUUCAGUUGUAUCUUCCGUUCUGAAAUGACGUUAGUUUGCAAAGAUUUCGCACAUUGCUUGUUCCAGUUUAUCUAAUUUUCUUAAAGGUUCAGACUUUUGAAAAAAAGAAAAUGAAAACGAAGUUGAGUGAGAAAGCCUAAAUUGUGAAAUUUAAUGCCCUUUUUUCAUGUUUACUUGUUAAAAUCGCGAAAAUAAAACCCGGCGAAAUCUCGAAAUUAAGCCGUACCAAUAAGGUAUGACAAGUUUAUGAGUUGAUAUAACGUGCUAACCUUUACGAUUGCUGAGUACAAUAAAUUUAGCAGUUCUACGUGAAUGACAUUCCUCUCUCCUUAACGCCUGUGCCGUUAGUGUAACGGUAGAUUUUCUACAGCCUUACACCCUAUCAUUUGUUUGUUUGUCUACAGGCAUCAUGGGUUUGUUGUGCCCCUGCUUCCAGUUGUGCAGUGUUUCCAGUCGUAUGGGCGAAGGCUUUGCUUAUGCCUGCUGCUGCUCGCAAAUCGCGCCGUUCACUCUUCGAGCUAAGCUCCGAGCAGAGCAGGGCAUUCAAGUUAGUAUUUGAUUCCUGGCUUGUUACGUAACAUAUUUUUGUUGCACUGAAGAUAACUGAAUUACCCAACGAAACGUAACGUUAUAAUUUUAUAAAAUUCGCGAUCGGCAGCGAUCUGUCGGUCAUGUCAAGCGCUCUACCCACUGAGCUAGUCCUGCUGCGGUACAGCCAUACAGUGACACAGAUUUUAAGGCACACGCUAAAAUGUUUAUCGCAAUUUUUACACUGACUCUACUGAGAUCCGAUUUAUGUACAGACAAACCGGUUGAAACCAACAGCUAAGAUGGCGUGCGAUAGUGCUACUUAGUAGAUUUUGUUCACAUAACUUCGCUUCCUUUCCUUAAGUUUAAUAGGUUCCAAAAAGUGUAGUCACAACUCGUCUUUUCUCUCUGAGAUUGAAAGAGACUGAAAAGACAAGCCUAGAUUAUAUCGGCUCCUAUAGUUACCACGUUCACCUUGGUUCUGUUUUCGCUCCCCCUUCUAAUCUAUGGUGUUCUUUCAGGGCUCUCUUUGCAAUGAUGCCAUCAUGAUCUCUUGCUGCGGCAACUGUGUGCUGUGCCAGAUGGACCGUGAACUCAAAGCCAUCGGAAAGUAAACGGAGACAAACAAGACCAUGCACUAUUAAUCACACUAUUCACCCUGAUUCAAUAUUGAGAUGUCCGAGUGUUCAUAAUUAUUACACGUAAUUGAUUUUUUUCGUUUUGUUUUGCUUAACGGGUGCUCGGGAAGACUCUUUGGCGUAUUCAGUUUUAAGUGCCUUCCCUGCCUGGCAUUUUAAUUACAGAGCUUUUAAAGCCUCAAAAUUCGUACUUUAGAAGCACGUAUCUGUAGGGAAAGGUGGAGAUUUGACGAUCUCGCUUUGCGCGCACUCUCACUUUUCCUUUUGCAUCAUAUGGUGUGAAAAUUUCAGGCAGUUAACUACCUCUCAAGAUACAGUGCACCAUUUCAAAUUCAAUCAGUAUGGUACGGAUCCGUACUUGGGUGUGUUUUUAGUUGUUUUCCACUACUAUCAUUUUAAAAAGGAACUUAUUUCCAUUAAAAGAGUUGUAACAUUUUGCUGAUUAAAGAAAUAUUCACCCUUUUAAGCGCAUUCUAAAUGCAGUGUCUUAAUUGCUGAAAUGGACGUUGAUUCUUAUCCCUUUCAUAAUCUCUGGUGAUUCUUUAAUUCGCUCUUAAAAAAGGGAACUCUCAUUAGUUAUUUAAUUAACCAAACUAGGCUUGACGAAAACUGAACAAAAGGCAACUCAACGUAGCCUGUGUGGACUAGAUCUCAUUGUUCCGCGGCGGCCUAUUCUAUAGCACAGGCUAAUCGUGACAAAGAGUGGUCACAACAUAGGCAGUACAGAAGAAUUCCGAUGUCUCGAACCCUUGGUUUUUCGAAAUUCCCGAUAAACCUAACGUCCUUUUACCAGCCAUACAUUUGUACUGAUCGAAAUAUAGCGGCUAGAAUUAGGCCAGUCGUCCUCAGUCCUCAAGAAUAGUUUUAUCUGCGGUUUGCCGAUGCUCGCCCUGACAUUCAAUUUUUGUUUGCAAUCGUUUUCGUUUUACAUUUCUCUCUUGGUGGUGAC